AUGGAAAGCAUCAGUGGUUUAAAUUCUACUACCAAUACGGCUACCAAACUUCGAAACAUCACCGAAGGAAACGUGAAACCAAACUACCAAGUUGCGCCAACUGAUGUAGUCACCUUAAUAAUAAGUUUCAUUACUUGUCCAUUCAUGGUCCUUUUUAAUGUGAUGGUUAUAAUGGCUGUAAAAAGAAGACGAAGGCUUCAGACCAACAGCAACAUCUUGCUUGCCUGUCUAGCAGCAACUGAUGCCUUAACUGGUCUCAUAACGCAGCCAGCGUUUAUUCUGUGGAAAACACUCGGGUUGACUGGUGGGGAAGACCAUAUUAGAGCUUCGCGCUUGAUCUACGUCUCAGCAAUGCAAGCCCUUUCUGCAUGCUCAUGCCUGCAUCUUAUGUUAGUGACCGGCGAGAGACUUGUAGCGAUCAAAUUUACCAUGCGCUACCCAUUUAUUGUUACUAAGAAAACCAUCAAGGUUGCAGUGAUUUCGUGUUGGAUCUUUUCUCUGACACCGGUUAUUUUCAAGUUUAUGGGAGUGCCAAAAAUUCAGAGCCUCCGCGCUGUACCCGCUUUCCUUCUUUUCGUCGUAAGCUCUUGUAUGAUAUUUGUUGUGUCUGUAUAUGCUGUUUUGUAUCUUGAAACAAGGCGCCAUCAAAAGUUGAUCAAAGGCCAGCAGAUGCCGCAAGAGGAAGUACAAAGAUUCCUUAAAGAGAGCAAAGCGCUGAAAACAACUGUAUACGUAGUUGGUGCAGUGGCGGUGUGCUAUCUCCCUUUGACGUUGCAGAUUGCUAAUUUGCUAGACAAACGAACAUCAAUUAUUGCCCCGGAAUGGAUCCGGACGGUUGUAUUAUUAAAUUCACUUUUAAAUCCGUUGGUGUAUUGCUGGAGACAGAAAGAAAUAAGGAAGUUUGUUUUUAAAACGAAAACGCAGGCUGUGAAUCCGCACAUUGAGUGACAUUCAGACUGAAGAUGCGCGUUAAAGAAGAAAACAGUGAAACCACGAAAAUGCACUAACAUUCUAAUUUCUUGAGGCAGGCAAAUGAACGAUAUAUAUUAAGGUGCGCUAAUUUUCAGCAAGAUACAAACCUCGCUCCAAUAAUUUUAAAUAUUUUUUUUUUCUAUAACAACUGAUUUCCAUUUCUCCUGGGGCCGGGUCAUCUAGCUCUCUUGCCUGGGUACAACGUGUAUUACUCUCGCCUCAAGAGAAAUCGAAGACAAUGGUUAUGAGAAAUUGUUGGAGGCAAACAAGGUGCAUUAUGGUCCAUGUGAAAAUGGUGAAUACAAAAGACAACCGUAAUUGAAUUCAGUCUCUCUUUACUUUAAAGCUUUACCAAGUUAAGAGCUACUUUACAUAUUAAUUACAGUAUUAUCGUGCGAGUUUCCAGGCGACGUUUAUCAAACCAUUAAGAUAAAUUUCAUGUAAUGAUUUCGCCAUGUAAACAGCUGACAUAUAGGAUGUCGGACACCUGAGAAGCAAUUCCUAUAUAGCCAGUUAACUUUUUUUUUUAGCGCAACGUAUACAAGUGGCUGUGGGAUAUAGUUCUUCACAAUAUGGACAAAAAUGCUAGUUUAGAUUUGACAAACAUUACUCACGAGCUCGCAAAAAACAGCGUAGAAAAAACGACAGAAAACGUCCAAGAUUCGUCGACUGUUGUGAUCAAUUUAAUAAUUAACAUCAUGGCUUGUCCCUUCACAGUUCUCCUUAAUGUGAUGGUGAUAAUGGCUGUAAAAAGAAGAACAAGACUUCAGACCAACAGCAACAUCUUGCUUGCCUGUCUAGCAGCAACUGACGCCUUAACUGGUCUCAUAACUCAGCCAGCGUUUAUUUUCUGGAACACAUUUGAAAUGACUGGAGCGAUAAACUACAUUCCAGCUCGACUGACCUACAGUACCGCAUUGCGAGUCCUCUCUAUGUGUUCUUGCCUACAUCUCAUGUUAGUAACUGCCGAGAGACUUGUGGCGAUCAAAUUUACCAUGCACUACCGACAUUUUGUUACUAAAGAAACUAUUAGGGCAGCUGUGGUCUGUUCUUGGAUCCUUUCUCUAUUUGCGAUGCACUCAGAUUGA